AAGCUGCCUUACCUCCGCCCCCCUCGGGUGCGUAAGUGACGCUCGCUGUACGUAAGUUGCGCAGCUCUGUGGGUGGAGAAGCGGAGCAGCAUAAACUUCAGCUAUGGACGUGUUUUUAAUGAUUAGGCGUCAUAAGACAACAAUCUUCACCGACGCCAAAGAGUCCACUACCGUUUAUGAGUUAAAGCGCAUCGUUGAGGGGAUCCUGAAGAGGCCGCCUGAAGACCAGAGGCUUUACAAGGAUGAGCAGCUGCUAGAAGACAGUAAAACACUGGGAGACUCCGGUUUCACCAACCAAACAGCCAGACCACAGGCUCCAGCUACAGUAGGAUUAGCCUUCCGCAUCAGCGAUGAUGCGUUUGAGCCCCUGCAGGUGGAGCCGUUCUCCAACCCUCCAGAGCUUCCUGACGUCAUGAAGCCUCAGGACUCUGGCAGCACGGCCAACGAGCAGUCAGUGCAGUAAGAGCGGACAGAAGAGAGGAAUGAGUGGAGGAAAAGAGGAGGAGAAGAACCGAGUGCUCUGUUACACGGAAGGGUCCAAUACACCCGGACUGAGUACUUAAAGGGGUUUAGGGGUUUAAUAAAACCAAACGGGGCAUAUUGUCACCCGCAGUCGAACUGAACUGAAUCCGCCACUCCUCAGUGUGUCCACACAAACCUACACAAAGAAAUCCAAUUUAAUGUUAUAUAGACCAUGUAAUUUACUCAUUCAGGACUGAGGCUCAUUUCAAUCUCACUGACUUCCAGCGCACUGGCUCCACUGACUGACCUCAUUUUCUUUCAGCCGAACGACACUGGGCUUCUUUAGCGUGUAGCUGUGCAUCUAAAAGGCUGCUGUCACCAUUUGUGUUGUUAGUUUACUUCAAAAGAAAAAAAAACAAUAGAAGAAAAGGACGAGAAAAAGCGGUCGACUCUUACACUUUUGGGCUUUGACAUGUUCUGUUAUUGGGCCAAGUUGUGGAUAUGCUCGAGAAUUUACAUUUGAAUUUGUGUUGAAAACGUGUGGGUUUCUUCUCUUUCUUUUUGGAGAGAAAGUUUUUGGCUUUGCUCAUUUUAUAUAUCUCAGUCUAGCCCUAAACUGAUGAAUAGUGCAUUAUCUAAUUUAUCUUUUUUUUUGUUUGUUUGUGAUUUAAGCAUUUAGGAAACAACCCUUUUAGGCGGUUAUAUUAAAUCAUAAUUUUACACAAUUCAAGUUCACAUUUCCUCAUUUAUUUCUGGUAGUGUGUCUAGUUAGUGCUUGACUGCAUUUCAUGAGCUAACUCACAAUUAAAGAUGAAAAUUUAAAUGUACAAAAAAAACAAAGAACAGGCAACUUUAAGGUUUCUAGGUGGCUGUUACUUCUGUUUUUAGCUGUGCGACACUUUCGUCCAUUUUCAUAGACAAAAUCAUGUCACACAGUGUCAGAAACCUCACAGGCAGGUCUGUUUGAGAUUUACUUAAGAAGGAAUUACACGAAUUUUUCAAACACACUGCAUAAUUAAAUACUUAAGAAGUAGUUAUUCAGAGUGUUUUGAUGUGAAAGGCGCCAUCCUAGAGAAUCUCACUGAGUCACAGUUGCUCAUAGUGGUGGUAAUAGGAACCAGACGUCUGAAGAGUUUAAUUACUGUCAGGUUUGGUUUCCCAGACAGGGAUCAAGUCUAGUUCUGGACGAGUUUCAAUGGAGAGUCUCCCUUCAGAAUGCUGUGUAGUCUAAUGCUAUUCUUAACCCAACCCGAAAUCCCCACGUCAGUAAAAAGUUUGAGUGGAAUGGUUAUGAAUACACUGCCUGGUGUCUGACACAUGAUUUAAUGAUAGUCUUGAGAAGCUUUUGGCUUAAAAUGUUUUUUUUUUUGUUUUGUUUUUUUUUAAUAUGUUUAUGGUGGAGGGGUACAUGCAGGGGGUUGUGAAGCAAAAGAAAACUUUUUUAUUCCCUGAUUUACUAUUAGUUUACCAUCAACAUUACAUAUAAAACUCAAAAGACACAAAUAGGUUCUGGAGGUUUUUGGAGAGCGAAUAAAAUGGUGUUGUAGACAUGGUGACCCCUGGUUCCCAUCACCACCACUGUAAAGAAAUCUGAGCCUGUAGGUUUCCCUACAAUGAGCCAUUUCACAUCAAACCACUCAGAAUGACUUUGUUUACAUCUCAACACAUUUUGGUAAAGUUACCUUUUUAUAGUUCAACAGUUUCUAAAUGUGCGAUUUAGAAAGCAGCUUGGUAAAUAUUGGUGGACUUCAAGCUUCCAGUACUUAGCUACAUUAGCCUUAUAGCUCGAGUGACAAGCUAAAGAAGCAAACUUCAGAUGCCAAACGUGUCUUGAUAAGGAGAUGGGGGUGGGUAUUUUUUUUUUUACACUUCCUUUAAAGGUUAUGUUGUAUGUUUUGCAUAUUAGGAACAUAAUUGUACAGUUAACUGCGAAUCCCUAUUUUACAGCUUGUAUUAAUUUGCUGUAUUAGGACAUACACAAUGGGACAAGUCUAUAUUACAGACCUUACUUGUGCUCUUGGUGUCUGGAGACCAAAGAGGUUUUAUGAAGACAAGUAAAGGAAGCCAGGAUGAGAAUAAUUAAUAAAAAUAAAUCAGUAAAAUAAC